UGACGUUAAUCUUUAUAUACCAGGAAGACGUAGCCUACUCUGAUAUUAAUGCUACACGAACGUUGAAACGGUGGGAUUUUAUCUCCAGGACCAGUAAAAGGAAAUCAUUGAAAACUAGCCUAUCACAUAUGUCAAGGAGCCAAAAUGGAGAACUGCUGUGGAUUGGUAACUGUCAAGAAUGAACCAGUGCCUCUGAAGAGUAUUGCUGUGGAAGUGAGUGUUCAGGGGCAUGUGGCCACUGUGAGCUCCACUCUGCAGUAUGAGAACCAGGAGCAGAGCCCUCUGGAGGCCAUCUUUGUUUUCCCUCUGCCGGGAGAGGCUGCUGUCUGCAGGUUCAGCGCAAAGAUAGGACAGACUGAGGUGGUGGCUGAGGUUCAGGAGAAACAGAAGGCACAGGAGCAGUAUGAUGAUGCAUUGAGUUCGGGCCAGCAGGCCUUCCUAUUGGAGGAGAGUGAUGAGAGCCCGGACGUGUUCAAGCUGAGUGUGGGCAGACUGCCUCCAGGGGAGAAGGCCUCUGUCAGCCUGGACUAUGUGACAGAGCUGGCUGUACAAGCUGACGACGGCCUGAGGCUCUGCCUGCCCGCCGUGCUCAACCCCCGUUACCAACCCCAGGGGUCAGACAGUGGUAGUGCUGGCAGUGCCCAGGUGUCCUCGGUCCCCGCUGGUUCUGUCCCCUACAGUCUGUCCCUCAGUGCCCAUGUGUCGUCCCCUCAUCCCAUCUCUGGAGUAGAGUCCAACUGUCCCCUGGACCCACUCAACUACCUCAACACAGAGAAAACCCAAGCCACGGUCAGUCUGGCUGCAGGUCAUCAGUUUGACCGGGAUGUUGAGCUGUUGUUGUAUUACCAAGACACCCAUCAGCCUACUGCUAUAGUAGAGGCAGCACAGGCUUCUGCCAAGCCAGGCACUCUGAUGGGUGACCCAGUGGUCAUGCUGAGCUUGUACCCAGAGUUCCCCAAGGAUGUGAUGUCAUCUAUGACCUCACACGGGGAGUUCCUGUUCGUAGUGGAUCGCUCUGGCAGCAUGGAAUGCCCCAUGCACCUUGGGUCUGGGUCACAGGACCGUAUUGGCAGUGCCAGGGAAACUCUACUGCUCUUGCUGAAAAGCCUGCCCAUGGGCUGCUACUUCAACAUCAUUGGCUUUGGGUCCAGUUAUGAGUCCUUCUUUCCUAAGAGUGUGGAGUACAGCCAGAAGACUAUGGAUGAGGCUCUGCAGAAGGUGAAAGAAAUGAGGGCUGACCUGGGAGGUACAGAGAUCCUCCAGCCUUUAAAACAUAUCUACAGCCAGCCCUGCCUCCCCGACCAGCCCAGACAGCUCUUCUUGUUCACUGACGGUGAGGUGGGGAACACCAAGGAAGUCCUGGAUCUGGUGAAGACGAAUGCCGGUUCUCACAGGUGUUUCUCCUUUGGGAUCGGGGAGGGGGCCAGCACUGCUCUCAUUUCUGGGGUGGCCAAGCAGGCCAGAGGGCACGCACAGUUUAUCACAGGACAGGACAGGAUGCAGCCCAAAGUGAUGCAGUCUCUCCGGUUUGCCCUGCAGCCAGCUGUGGUGGACAUCUCAGUCAAGUGGAAUGUCCCAAAGGAGGUGUCUGUCACCCCUCUGUCUCCACCAAUCAGAGUGAUCUUCCAGGGCCAAAGGGCUCUUCUGUAUGCCCAGCUCACUGGAAAGAGCUCGGGGGACACAGAGGGCUCGGUGACAGUGAAGUACAGCCUGGCCAAGCAGCCUGUUGAGAACCAGCUGAGCUUCAGUCUUAAGCCUACAGAGGACACUGGAAUGACCGUCCACAGGCUGGGUGCUCGAACCCUAAUCCAAUCCCUGGAGGUGGAAGAGAGGGAGCAGGAUGGUGAGAAGGAGGGAGUGAAAGAGAAGGUGAUAGAGCUCAGCGUCCAAUCAGGAGUGAGCAGUGCCUUUACUGCCUUCAUCGCUGUCCACAAAGGAGAUGGACAGGCCCUGCAAGGACAACUGCUACGCAGACAUGUCCCCACACCAAUGUUGUAUCAAACCUCCAUGUACAUGACGCAGUCGUGUUUUAUGGCUCGGUGCAGCCCGCUGAUGAUGGCGAGUAGUCUGCAGAUGAGUGCCCCAGGCAAGUUAAAGUUGAGCAAAAAGAGUAAAUGUAAAGAUUUGGAUGAUUUAGAAGUAUUCGGCUAUGACUGUUCUGAAGACUUUGACUCUCCAGCCCCAACCUCUAAGCCUGUGAGGGACCCUCUCCUCCAGCUGAUCUCCCUUCAGAAGGCCUCUGGUUCCUGGGUCCUAGAGGCAGCAUUGGCUGAGGUGCUGGUGAAGACAGAGGAGGAGGUGUCCAAGCCAAAGCCUGCACAGGUGGACCAGGAGGUGUGGGCCACGGUUCUAGCCCUGGUAUGGCUCUAUGGUUUCAAGAUGGAGGCUCAGGAGGAGUGGCAGUUUCUGGCCAUGAAGGCAGUAUCAUGGAUCCAGGCUCAGAAAGUGGCCAGUGUGUCUGAGUGUGUCCAGGCUGGAAACACCCUUCUGGGUUGCCAAGUGCAGAAAGACACCCUGGGGCUCUGACAUGUUCACCCUCCCAGUCCUCAAUCUGUCCCCCAUACGCCUGCUACUCUACCUGGGGUGGGAUAUAUACACACAACCCUGCCUGCUCCUUGUCCCCUACUCCAAGCAAACUGGUGGAGCUAGCAACUGUAUGUGCCUAAACAAGCCUAAUUAUCAACCUCUUACCUAUAUCAGCCUAUUGUCAUUUACUGUUGGGACACUUAUGUAUCUCAAUGUAUUGGUUGUUAUUAACAUAUCACCAUUCAUCUACGUGCUACGUAUAAAGCUAAACUUGUUUAGACUUUGCUUUGGUUAUCAAUUCCAUAUAGACUACUGGAAACAAUGUGUAUGCAGUACUUGUCAUCACUAACCAAAAUGCUUGGUAAAAGGCCUUAUUAUUGUAUGUAUGCAUUAUCCACUUAUAUGAGGCCAAAUGCAUGCAGGAAGGAGUUGUGGAUAAUAUGCAAAGCUGAGUGCCUAUCCCAGUGCCUUUACUGUGUGAUCAUGUAACACUGUGUCUCUGUAUUCAUGUAAUUCCUCAUAUACAUUACCGUUCAAAAAUUUGGGGUCACUUAAAUAUUUUCUUAUUUUUUUAAAGAAAAGCACAUUUUUGUCCAUUUAAAUAACAUCAAAUUGAUCAGAAAUACACUGGAAUAACACAUGGAAUCAUCUAGUUACCAUAAGAG